AUGACAAAGAGCUGGAGUCGAGAAAACACUUGUGUCCAGUGUUCCAAUGGUCGCUGCACCACAGCUUUCCAUACAACAUGUGCCUUCAUUGCUGGAGUAGUGUUCGAGACAAGUGACUGGCCAUACCCUGUUUACAUAACUUGUCACAAACAUGCAGCUGCCCCAAAGGAGAAGAGCCGGAUGCGUCCUGUGACUGAAGUCAAUGAGGGUGACCGAGUGUUAGCAAAGCACAAGAAUGGUCGGUACUAUUGGUCUGAAGUGACAGACAUAAAGAGACAGACAUACUAUGAAGUGGACUUUGAGGAUGGAUCUUUCAGUGACAACCUCUUUCCUGAGGACAUUGAGAGUCGGGACUGCAGGCAGGAGGGUCCCCCGCUGGAGGGGCAGCAGGUUCAGGUGCGCUGGACAGAUGGGGAGCUGUAUGGGGCCGUCUUCAGGCAGGUCAACUGUCAGGACAUGUACACUAUUGAGUUUGAAGAUGGAUCUUUCAUGACAUACAAGCGCCAGGACCUGUGGGCCGAUGGGGAGGAGCUGCCGAAGUAUGUCAAGUCCAGGAUGUCGGCAGCCACAGAGAGGAAAUAUGACUGCUUUUAUUCUGAGGUUGUGAAAGACAAGAGACGACCAAAACACAAGAUAUCUUAUCUGAAGAUGUUGGGAUAACAAGUGACAUUUACACAUUCAAGUUGAAUGGUGGUGAUACUGGUUGACAGUAUUUAGAAUGAUAUGUUACAAACUGCAACAUAGCAUACCAUGUGGACAUCCUUGCAACUUGGGAAUAUGACUCUCACAAGUAGGAAAGUGAUUACUGGUAUGUAGUUGUGUUAUCAGAUCAUCCACACAGGAAGCAAGGAUUGGGUACCUAUGUCGUCACAGCUCUUUAUGCAAGUGCAGCUUCUUCUGAAGUCUACAGGUAAUAGUGGGAAGUCGUCACACUGAACAAGUCAACUCAACAGGACCCCCCACCAACAAUAGCUCAUCUCGUAUUUAAAGGCAGCAUUAAGUAUUGAGCUGUAUCAGUCUUGCUGGCCCCCCAGCAGGGGGAGUCUGGUCCUCUCCCCUGCAAGACAGGGUGGCACCCAGCAGGGGGAGUCUGGUCCUCACCUGCAAGACAGGGUGGCACCCAGCAGGGGGAGUCUGGUCCUCUCACCUGCAAGACAAGGUGGCACCCAGCAGGGGGAGUCUGGUCCUCUCACCUGCAAGACAGGGUGGCACCCAGCAGGGGGAGUCCGGUCCUCUCACCUGCAAGACAGGGUGGCACCCAGCAGGGGGAGUCUGGUCCUCUCACCUGCAAGACAGGGUGGCACCCAGCAGGGGGAGUCUGGUCCUCUCACCUGCAAGACAAGGUGGCACCCAGCAGGGGGAGU